UUGAUUGCCCAUCCGCUGUCACCUACUCACCAUAUCACCUUUACAAUGGCUUGGAAUCUUGGUGAGGACGGUAUACGUCAGACCUUAGAAUUGUUGCAUAACUCGCAGUCAAGUGACACCAACGUGCAGAAGGCUGUUCAUGAGAGAUUGGAAGAACUAAAUAACUUCCCCGAUUUCAAUAAAUAUUUGGCCUAUGUGCUGUUCGGGGCGAAAUCAGAGACUGACUCUACGCGAUCAAUGAGUGGUCUUAUUUUGAAGAACAACUUAAAAGGGCAUUUUAAACGAUGCACACCAGAGCUAGUUAAUUACGUAAAGGCCGGAUGUCUUUCGUGUAUCAGUGAUCCCUCGGCACUGAUACGCUCCACCGUCGGAACAUUGAUCACCACCAUUGUAUCUAGCGCCGGUCUUCACUCAUGGCCUGAGUUGUUACCAAAGCUUGUUGAGUGUCUGGACUCGGGUGACAUAAAUGUCAUCGAGGGAGCGUUUGGUGCUAUCGCAAAAAUAUGUGAAGACUCGUCUGCUCAACUUGAGGACGGUCGUCUGAGCUAUCCGAUGACAUCUUUGAUUCCGAAAUUUCUUCAGUUCACCAAACAUGAAAGUGCAAAAAUAAGAUCUUAUGCGUUGGCUUGUACCAGUCAUUUCAUCAACAGUCGGUCGCAGGUUCUGUUGAACUUUGUGGAUGAAUUUCUGCACUGCCUAUUCGCCCUAGCCGAAGAUGUUGAUUCCACCGUUCGAAGACACGUUUGUUCGGCAUUUGUACAACUGCUAGAAGCCCACCUCGACAGGCUACUGCCACAUCUUCCCAACAUUAUUGAAUUUAUGCUUCUGCGCACUCAAGAUGCGGAUGAGAAUAUCUCUCGAGAAGCGUGCGAAUUUUGGCUGUCGCUUUCAGAACAGCCUAUUUGUUAUCAAGCUUUGACACCUUAUAUUCAGCGACUUAUCCCUGUACUGGUUCGUGGUAUGAAUUUAGUAAACGUUUCUUUCAAGAAUGACCUCUUAGAGGAUGCACAUAUCCCUGAUAAGGAAUCUGAUAUUAGACCACGGUUUCACAAGACGAAGAGCAAAUUCAUGUCCUCCGAGGAGGAUGAAGACGACGAAGAUGACGAUUAUGUAUCCAACUGGACACUUCGAAAGUGUUCUGCUGCUGCACUCGAUGUGUUAGCUAGCGUAUUCCAAACCGAAUUUCUCCCUAUUCUCCUACCGAUCACCAAAGAGCUACUGUUCUCACCGCAGUGGGAUAUAAAGGAGUCAGGAAUUCUGGUUCUGGGUGCUAUAGCCGAAGACUUUGGUCUACGCCUUGGAGCAGUAUCAACACAAAAAUCUAUUCAUUCUGUACGACGCUAUCGGAACCCUGGCGGACUCUGUGGGACAUCAUCUAAACCGACCGGUAUGUACUUUGGGUGUUUCCUCCUGACUGUUUUUAUCUCCCAGGAAUACAUAGAACUAUUGAUGCCGCCUCUGUUCGCAAAGUGGAAUGCUCUCCGGGAUGAUGAAAAGGAUUUGUUCCCGCUACUUGAGUGUCUAUCCAGUAUGGCUACGGCAUUGGGCACUGGAUUCUUACCCUAUUGUGCCCCUGUCUUCAACCGGUGUGUGAACUUGAUUGAUCGAACUAUUCAGUUGAGCAAGCUGCAUACACAACAACCAGAUGCCUACGAUCCCCCAGACAAGGACUUCAUGGUCAUAUCAUUGGAUCUUCUGAGUGGGUUGCUCGAAGGCCUAGGCAUCCAAAUGCAGCCACUCGUGGCUGAUAGUCCGUUGGUCAAGCUGCUGUUCGAAGCCGCUCAAGACCCGCAACCGGAUGUGCGUCAGAGCAGCUUUGCGCUGUUAGGCGACCUGACCAAAGCUUGUUUCGCUCACAUUCGCCCUCAGAUUGGGCAGUUUAUGUCAGUUCUGGCAAGCAACCUUGGGUCUGAGCAUAUUUCAGUCAGCAACAAUGCUAUUUGGGCCAUCGGGGAGAUUUGUAUCCAGUUAGGUGAGGAGAUGCAACCGUAUGCGUCGAUGUUUGUGUUGCCGUUGAUUGAGAUCAUCAAUCGGCAAAACACUCCCAAGACCUUACACGAAAAUACAGCCAUAACCAUUGGGCGUUUGGGAUUUGUGUGCCCUUCGGAAGUCGCUCCCCACCUCUCUUUGUUCAUUCGACAUUGGUGUCUGUUUCUGCGUAACAUACGGGACAAUGAGGAGAAAGACAGCGCAUUUCGUGGAAUAUGUAACCUGAUUACACUCAACCCGGCCGGUGUGUUGAAUGACUUUCUCUUUUUUUGCGAUGCAGUCGCAUCGUGGAACGCGCCGAAAGAAGAUUUGAAAGAACGCUUUCAUGCGAUUUUGCACGGCUUCAAAACACAGGUUGGUGAAGACGAGUGGGCUAAAUUUUGGGCUCAAUGUCCACUUAUGUUGCGUGAACGACUGUCUUCACAGUAUGGGCUCUAAAACUGCCUGCACUCCAAUUACGCUACUGCGAACUCUGCGUUUUUUACAACGUGUCAUACUCACCUCACCCCGUCUUCUCCGGUUCCAUCGUUUUCCAUCGUGGUCCUCGCUUGGAAGUCGCCAGUUUGCUUCCCAAACGCAAGGCGCUUCCACACAGUUUACAGUUUUUGGUUCGCCUAACGUGCGUUGAAAUCCGUUGACGUCGGUUCGUCUAUGUCUGCUCCACCGUUUCUCGACAUGCCACGGCUGAUCUACUAUACGUGUUAUCGAUCCGCUCGUUUUGGACACUUGAUUUAUACAGCGUGACGCGUUUAGAACCAUCCUGUGUUCCAUGAUUUGAUGCACCUUACCUCCUGGUCGUGUUCAAAGUGUCCAUGCAUCAUACCUGGUUAUCACACCUGCAACAGUCUGCGCGCGUCAAAGGUGUCUAUGCGUCUCGGAUGUUCCCACGUCUACGUUUUCCCCGUCCGUGUGCGAUCCUUUUCCUGGUCCGUCGUGUCUGUUUUUUUUCGUUUUUCUCACUCUCAUCUAACUUACCUAUCCAGCCAACCAUCCUGGUCGUUUUUUCGUCUCGACUUGCUUUUCCACUCCAUCGUUUUUUUCCGCACGUCACUUUUUUCGAGUUUACCUCCACAUGCCGUUUUUCAGCGUCAGUGCGUUUUUUCCAGACAGUUUCGGCUUUACUUGGUUCACAGCCACAGACUAUUCUUUUACGUUUUUUCUCGGGACUCCGCCUUUUUUCAUCCCUACCAUCCUUUUUCUGUUUUGUUUUUCUCUCCUCUUUCCUUCUGUAGUUCUUUUUCUCUAGGGGGGAUAAUUUCCUGGUUAGUGGGUAGUAGAUCCUUAGGCAUAGCCGGGUUGUAAAGGGGGAACUAAGGGAACAUGGGAUUAGCUUUUAGGGCAUGACUGUCCACCAAGUCACUCAAGUUCGGGGUAAUUCCAGGGGGGGUAAGGACUAGGGGGUUCAGGGCUUACGGGGAUUAGAAUACGUAUAUAAGUUUUUGGAAAAUAAGGGUUCUGUGUUGUUAGCUCCCGACCUUUUGCGGUUCGGAGUUAUUCCAUCUAGGAUCAAUGCUAAUUGGCAAGAUUCUGUAUUGAACAGCCAUUUUGUUUAUUUGUACAUUCAGCCUGCUCAUUUCAAGAGGUUAUCCUGUUCAUUUGUUGCCACUCCAUACUCUCUUCUUCAAACUUGUGUCGGCGUUCCCACGGUUACGUGUAUGUGUUGCGGAUUUUUGUCCCGGGUAUAGUGGUUCAGUUGAAAACAAUGGUUUUUCCGGUCGUUCAUUCAUUUGUUUUCAUUUCCCUACGCGCUGUAUAUCAUACUCCAUAUUUUAAGCGCUAUCGUAGUUUCAACUCCAUAUUUGGGUACUCUCUCUUUUCUUUCUCUUUCCAUGGUAAGAUUGGGCUUAUGCAGUCUGUUUGGCCAUUGUUGGUUUGUCCCUGUCGGGUGGCUCUGUUAUGAUCCUCCUGAUGUGUGGGCCUCUCAAAUGGGUUCCCUCGUCUCUUCAACACGGAUUUUCCGGCGCAGACAACUUUCGUAACAAGUCGUGUCACUUUCGUAGUUGGUGUUUGUCUAGCAUCGUUCUCCAUUCAGUGGAUCCAAUGGAUGCUUACUUUCACUACCUCAACUUGUACAUCCUGUUGUUGUUGAGUGUGCUUGGGAUGACAUCCUGACUCUCAUCGUGAAAGGGUCUCCUGAAUGUCCAUUACAGGCCUGGCUCAAGCGUCUGAUCCCUCCAAAAGCGUUGUAUACUAACUUCUUCAGACAGAAGAGAUCUACAGAAAGCUUGUGCUUGUUUUUGCCGGAUCUGAUGACAUCAAAAAGUUUUUUUUCACACUCUUGUCCUCAGUUUUCUCACUGACAUGAUUUUCGUGCUCAGAUUUUACCAGGAUGUGUUGCCCGUCGACUUUGAGUGCGCGUAUGAUAUGGAUAUCUUUUGACCAGACCAUAAUGGAAAUCUGAGCAACGUUACUAGCAGAAGAACGAG